UAUUGUCCAAUAUUAAGAUACCAGACUUAUGGAAGACCCAUCAAUCACUAAGAGGUUGAUUGAUUUUGGUGCUGACGAACAUGAUUAUGACGAAGUUCAAGAUUUACCUGAAGAAUCAACAGCCAAUAAUCAAUCGAUACUUUCCUCUAAUAGUGACAACCCAGUUCCACUGUCUGAGUGUCCAGUUGCAACGAGAGACACAAAAACGUCUAACAAUAAUAACGUGGUGCCUGAGUUACCUUUGCCAAAACAAGUUAAAAGUGCUCUAAAUAACAACAAAUCUAGCAAAACGAAAUCUUCAAAAGCUUCCAAGUCAAAAAUUCCAAGAUCGCCAUCAUUAGCAAGUGCCUUAGGCUACAGCAAUUUUCAGCCUCCGCCAAUUUCAGGUAUACCUCCUCAGACCCCGCCCCUUCCAGUGGCUUAUCAAAAUAAAGGAAAGGCUUCUUAUUCGCCGACCACAGUGGACAAUAAUAAUGCUCACUUUUUUGGUAGUAGCCACACCAACUUAAUGGCGGGUGGAAAUAGCGUUAACAGUGGCGGUUCUCUCGGUCUCUCUACCACGAACGGCGGCGGACAACGCAAUAGCCUCAAUAUGGCGGCCAAUACACGUCGCUCUCAAAUAUCAUCACCUGCGUCUGGGGAAUCGCCCAAAAAUUUCCAAUUUCUAACCUUAACCGUAAGAAAGGACGAGAAUGGGUACGGAAUGAAGGUUUCUGGUGACAAUCCAGUGUUUGUUGAAAGCGUGAAACCUGGUGGCGCUGCUCAAAUUGCUGGUCUGGUGGCAGGCGACAUGAUCUUGAAGGUAAAUGGUACAGAAGUCCGUUCGGAGAAACAUCCAACCGUUGUUAGCUUGAUCAAAGCUUCUACGAUUGUUGAAUUAGCCGUUAAACGGAGCCAACAAAUGGCCCGUCCUACAUCAGCAAGUGUUGUGCCAUCCACACCAGUCCUGGGAAGGGAUCGAACGGCUUCUAUAACUGGACCUCAACCUGUUGAUAGUAUCAAACGGCGUGAAAUGGAAACUUACAAAAUAAAAACUCUACAAAAGAUGCUAGAACAAGAACUAUUAAAUUUGGAGCGUUUAAAGGGAGAUACCAAUAAUGCAGGUUAUAAGACAUCUGAAGCAAAUAUAAAGACAUUGCGGGAACAAUUGCGAUGUGCUGGAGCAGAGGAUAAACCAACGGUUAAGUUACAGGCUAUGGCGAAUAAUAAUGGUAAAACUGUAGGUUUAAUGUCGCCAAAUCAGUUGCAUCCUUUGUCUUCGUCUUCCUCCAAUCAGUCGACAUCACCACAAUUUUCUACACAUCUUAACCCACACCAUUCCCAAAAUCACAACAAUCAAGCCACAACACCACAAGCCUCACAAUCAUCACCAGCAUUUCUGUCUUUGUUACCGCGUUCGCUGUCGUCUUUAUCGUUGGGUGGACGUAGAAAUAAAGUUGAUAAAGAUUUAAUAGCCGCUCCUCUUAAUAAUACUACGGAUUUUUUACAUACCACAUCUUUCGCGGACAACAUUUCCUCCACGGCUCCGGGUAAUAUGGCUACUUCCUCUGGACCGCACUUAAAUAUGUCGCAGUCCCUGCACAGUCCGCAACAGAUGCAGCAGCAAAGAAAUUCUGCUCAGCAACUGUUUCAUUUACACCAGCAGCAUUUGCACCACCAACCCGUUAAGGGAUCGUCGAAAGCGUCCAAAGGUAAAAACAAGUACUCGUCGCAGACGAAGAAUGUGAUCGAAGAGGAUGAUGUUCCACCGCCCCUACCUCAGAGGAAUCCGCCGCGUCAAAUGCAUUUGGAUGCUUCGAAUAAUAACCACAGUUUUUCGCCUAUAUCCGAUCUGGAUCAUGGAGCAGGAGGUGGUACGAAUUCGCCUGUAAGACAUUCACCCCAGCCGACUUUGCAGUCAGCCAGUAACUCUCCACAGAAUGCAAACAACAAAUCAAAGCGUUCCAAGGCCAAAACCAAAGCUCUAUCUGACCCAAAAAUGUCAACACAGAUGUUCCUUCAAAUGGAAAGUGCCGGUUCCCACCACAAUUCUUGCAGCGACGACACUCAGUUGGACGAAUUGCCUCCGCCGCUUCCACCCCGACAGCCAGGUUUGCUUGAAGAGCCACAACAAUCUCUUCGGCCUUCACCGAAUAGUGUCGAUACUCUAAUGCAAUAUCCACUUGUUUCGACAUGUACACCAGUACAUCGGGAUAAUAUGUCCGCUGCAUUUCCUUUUUCGCAAAGACCCAACAUCGUUCAACAAUUACAACAACAUCAGCAACACCAGCAAAUGCAUAUCACUGCAACUGGCGGUUCUAAUGCAGCUGUAUUGGGACAAACGCCGCAGAAUGUCAACAAUAUGAGCAAACACAGACGCGUGGUGUCAUCACCGGAAAAUAUUCAUCCAAGACAUCCGGAUCGUCAUAUAAAGACCAAUUCCGGUUCGUGGGAGUUAAUUGAAAAGGACGACGAAGUAACACCGCCAGGUACACCGCCCCCGCCUUAUCGACAUGCGCAUUCCGCCAGCCUUUCUGGCAAUGAGGACAACCUUCAUGAACAUGGCGGUUCACCGACGAGCGGAAUUUGUAUUGAAUCUCAUCAGUUCACUCCUCUGGGUGUAGCCAUUUCACCACCACCUUUACCACAUUCCAGUCGUAUACAAGCGGCCCAGACAAAUUGUACCCAAAAGGAAAUCAUUUCGAUGGAAGAUGAAGAUGCCUCCGAUCAAGAAAGUCCAUUUAUAGACGAGAAUGGGCCCUUCAAUUCAUUGCAACGUCUAUUGGAAAGCGAGAACGUUGCAUUUUUGGCAGUAUUUUUAAAUUUCGUUCUCUCAAAUUCAGAACCAGCACCAUUGUUAUUUUAUCUGAUAACGGGUCUCUACAAGGAAGGUACCGCUAAGGACAUGCGCAAAUGGGUGUAUGAAAUUCACUCGACCUUCCUGGUGCCUCGUGCACCGUUGUCUUGGUAUCGUCAAGACGAGAUGCUAGCCCGGGAAGUGGACGCUGUGCUCCAAAACGAGUUCGACAAGGUGGAAAUUUUGAGAAAAGUUUUUUGGAAAAGCCGUAAGAAAGCAAGGGAUGUCAUCUGUGAGCAACUAAGAGAGUUUCAACAAAAGCGGACAGCUGGCUUGGGAACCAUUUACGGGCCUACAGACGCCCAACUGGCGGAGGCUAAAGGUGACAAACAACGAGAACUGCAAAUUUUCGAAGAUACCCUAAUGAAAAAAUUGCAAAUUUUAAUUGAUGAAUACGAAAAAGAUCUCCCUGCCGAGGAUCCAACAAAGCUGGCUCUCUGUUCUGCUUUAUCCACAGUUAUACAUCGGAUAUUUAUAACUAGGUCCCAUCCAAACAGCAUUAUAGAUCGGGUUCAUCAUUUCGUUAGCCGUGAGAAAAGUUUCAAGUCACGUUUAAUGGGCAAAAAAGGAAAGAUGAUUGUUCGUGGUCAUCCACUAGUAUUGAGACAAUACUAUGAGGUGACCCACUGUAAUCAUUGUCAGACGAUAAUAUGGGGUGUUAGUCCACAAGGCUUCCAUUGUACAGACUGUAAAUUAAAUAUUCACCGUCCUUGUUCGAAAAUAUUAGAGGAAAAUUGCCCAGGCCCAUUACCUCAGGCGAAGCGUAAAGAUAAGGAUAUGAACAAUGACAGCAAAAUAAGUAAAUUGAUUAUGGGAAAAAUUCGUCCAAAAACGUCAGUAGACGCAAGUGGAGACAAACGUCAACGACAAGACCCGGAUGAUUUUGAUCCUCCAUUGGAUUUUGCAAGUGAACGUUUAAACUCCACGUCAAUUCAAAGACAGCCUUCAGACCGCAGGACGGAUGCCGCAAAUAUUUCAAUUCGAUCCAAUGGAAAUACGUCAGCCCAACUGAAUGUAAGUGACUUGCAAUCAUCUUUUAAUGCUGGCGACUUAAGUCUGGGCGCAGUUGGUGGUGGCUCGACAGGACUCACAUCCAGCGCAGAUGUUGGUCAAACAAACUUUGGGCCCGUAGCAACAACUGGCGUUGCGGGAGCUGCGUCGUCAGCAGGUGUAUCAGGUGCCUUAUCGGCUCUCAGCAGUGUGAAUGCGCAGGACGCAAAUGAGAGCAAUUUGAUACGUAGGGAACGUUUACAACAACAACAUCAACAAAACAAAAGUGCCCCAGUCUCCGUAAACCGUUCAGAAUCGUAUAAAGAGCGCCUAUCACACAAACGUAACCGAAGCCAACGGAAGACUUCUGAUCCCAAUUUGACCUCAAGACCAAACGAUGAUCAACCCGAUUUGGGCCUUUCCAAUGCUAACUUUACGGCAAGUUCAAAUUCUAGUCUUUCAUCUGGUGGUGGCUCCGACAGCCCAUCCACUUCGAUGGAACAAAUGGGAAGUGUUGGAGCCAAUACAUCAGCUAGUGGAACAAUGCCAAUGCACCAACAGCAUCACCAUCAACACCAGCACAGUCACCAGGAUUCCUUUCAUGGUAGCAUGGGUGGUUCAUCCAAUGCCAGUUUCCUGUGUGGAUCGGUGGCGGGGAGCCAGAUCGCUCGACACUGGAACGUUGACAGUGACGAAGAGGACGAUCUAAUAAAUGAGUCGGAUUGGAGUUCAAACGUAGCCGCUGAAGUAUUGGCAGCUCUAACAGAUGCCGAGAAAAAGCGGCAGGAGAUUAUAAAUGAAAUUUAUCAGACUGAACGUAGCCACGUUCGCACUUUGAAACUUUUGCAGUGUCUCUUCUUUUACCCGCUGCAAGAAAGCGGGUUGCUUUCACAGGACGAUUUGCUGCUACUCUUUCCCCCGUCGUUGCUUUCUCUGCGUGAUCUCCACGGGUCGUUUGAGCAGAAAAUCAAACAGAGGCGAAUUGACCACUCGUACAUUGUAAAUAAUAUUGGUGACAUUCUGGCUGGCAUGUUCGACGGCAAAUCGGGAGAGGAACUGCGUGAGUAUGCUGCCCAGUUUUGUGCCCGGCAACAAAUAGCUUUAGAAGCCCUCAAAGAGAAGCGUCGCAAGGAUGAUCAGUUGCAAAAAUUACUUUCGAAGGCUGAAUCACACAAAGCUUGCCGUCGUUUGCAAUUGAAGGAUCUGCUGCCGACGGUUCUUCAGCGACUUACCAAAUACCCUUUACUUUUCGAAAAUUUGUACAAAGUGACAGUUCGUGUAAUGCCGGAAGACACAGUGGAGGCUGAGGCUAUUCAAAGGGCUUUAGAGUCGUCAAAAAAAAUUUUAGUCGACGUUAAUCAGGCGGUUAAAACCGCUGAAGAUGCUCACAAAUUACAAAAUAUCCAGCGUAAAUUGGAUAAAUCGACAUUUGACAAAGACGAAUUUAAGAAUCUGGAUUUAACUCAGUUCCGCUUAAUUCACGAUGGCAGUUUGACGAUGAAGAAGAAUCCCAGUAUUCAAUUGCAUGGCUUGUUAUUUGAGACAAUGAUUGUGCUCCUAACCAAACAGGACGACAAAUAUUCUUUGAAAUAUUUACAUGCGACACGGAGUCCAGAUGUGAAUAAUAAACCAGUUAGUCCCAUAAUGAGCAUCGACUCGGAAACGUUGGUGCGUCAAGAGGCAGCCGAUAAAAACUCAUUCUUCCUCAUUAAAACCAAAACAUCCCAAAUGUUGGAACUUAGGGCACCGAGCAGUUCAGAGUGCAAAACAUGGUUCAAGCAUAUAUCUGACGCCGCGGAACAGUAUAAGCCACGUUCAAAGAAUGCUAACCAUGAACCUGUUGAUGACCCCGCCAUUGCUACAUUACCGCAUUCCAAUACCCGUGAAUCCCUUGAACUUACGCCCGAACGACCGCCACCGCUUUCGGCAACAGCAACUGUUGUAACUACUCCUUUGGCGCCGAUGAUGCCAGUUCCGGGAUCUGGUAGUGACCGAGUGACAAUUGCCGGCCAGCAUAACGAUGUCCAGUUGCGAAAUGGGCGACGCGAAAGUACUCCGGGAGGAACAAGCACAACGGCGAGCGACUCAUAUCCCCCCUAUUAUAAUAUAAAGCAGAGGUUGAGUCACAAUGAACUGUCCACCAAUAAUAACGCGGUCAAUCGUACAAUGUCGACCCGUAGCUGCGGCGAUGCCAAUCAUAAUUACAGCAAUACUGCGGAUAUGCCGGGAGCUAAUGGUGUCACAUUGCGCCACACACAAUCAGCAAGGCAGGCCAACGGUGCGCCAGAUGACAGUGCUGUGUUACCUUCGGGCAAUAAGAGAGACAGUGCCAGUAUUGUUUAUUCCAACAAUUCCAAUAACACCCGUACACUAAUGCAAUCAUCACCGCCCCUGGUGGAGCCUACUGCAAUACAAAUCAGUAUAAGUCCAGCUCAUACAGCGGAGCCUGUCCUAACAUCGGCCGAAAAGCUCAGACGUUUGGAUGCUAGUAUACGAGAUGGUUUGCUAGAAAAACAGAAAAUAAUAUGCGACAUGUUCCGCAUACCUGUCGAACAUUUCCAUGAGAUUGUGGACAUCGCCGCCAUGCCAGAAGCGCCAAAGGACAGCACCGACAUUGCAUUGGCCGCUUACGCUCAAGUACAAUCACUGACGGAGGUGUUGAAUGAGUACAUGAAGGUGACACCCGAGCAAGAAGUAUCCGCAGUAUCGACUGCGGUCUGUGAUAAAUGUCACGAAAGACAACAGCCAAAUCGACCACGACAUCCAUGCUCGAAUAAAACGGUUCCCAGUUCGGAUGUGCCCCCGCCAUUGCCACCACCCAACAAACAAAUGGCCCAGGCACAACAGCAAACACCGGCGCCACAGGUUACGAAAAUUCAAAUGUGUGCCUUGGAAGAGACCAACAUACACGAAGAUGACGAUGGAUAUUGUGAAAUAGAUGAGUUGCGUUUGCCGGCCUUACCUCCUUUAACCUCAAAGACAACAACCGGAGUAACGUCACAACCAUCAACCACACCUAUAGCAAAGAGUACUGGAGCUAAAAAGGGAUCGCCUCCGCCUCCGUUACCACCACCAGCUGGUAGCUUUAAGGCCCCACCCCCGCCUCCGCCUCCACCACCAUCAAAGUGUGCAGUAGCGACAAAGAUGGAAGCAACGGCUUCUGCUCAGUCUUCUACAGUUAUUUCUCCAGAGUUAAAGAAACGUCAAAGUACAGUAAGUGCUGACAGCAUUCCUGAGGAGUCUGCGGAUGAUGUGACACUCGCGCUGAAAGAUCGACAUGAGAACAAAAAAACCGACCGCAAUGAAAAGAACCAGCCCCAUGUUGGAGAUGAAACAAAUGCCGACGUCCAAGCAGAAGAACAUGCCUCAGUAGAAGACGACGACAGCGCACAUGACGUAAACGCGCUCCUAACUAAUAUCGAUGCCAAUGCCCCCCUGGCUACGAUAGACGAUGAAGAAGAUAAGGAUGACGAUUCGGCCAUGCAUACAGCCGAAUGCGAAAGUAUAUCUGCGUUUGAAAAUCUAACAAAACUCUCCGAAAGUAAUAUAAAGGACGUCGCCACGGAACCAGAGCAACUGCAACCGUCCAUGAGCGCUGAACCCCAAAGGCAAAAUAGCAAUGCUACCCAGGCAGAUGACAUAUCCCUGAAUAGUGAGCACAUCGAAAUAAAUGAAGCCUACGAACAUGUGAUGCCCAUUAUAAACACAUCAACUGACAACUCGCCGCCUUCUAGAGUCGAUUGCUCCACACAAACCAUGACCUUAACACAAGCGAUUGCUUUAGCUCCAGGCACCAGCAGCACAAAUUCUCCUAAAAUCGAUACUUCGGCAGCCACCGUCAGCAGUGUCAAUGGCCAUCCCCAAACAUUAUGUGGACCAAACCGAAUUCAACAUGCAAACUCUCUGGAACCAAGUGUACCUUGUUAUGCUCUAAGCAGUAUAGUUAGUUCUCUUAACGCUCAAAUUUCUCUGUUAUUGCCCAAAAUUAAUGAGCGUGACAUGGAACGUGAACGCCUACGAAAGGAAAAUCAACAUUUGCGCGAACUACUUAAUGCAAUGCAUGAGCGACAGAGAGUUGAAUCAAAACUGGAAACUCCUAUAGAUGUAACAACAGGUGCUGAUUUGCUCGAUAUUGAAACGGACAUUCCCUCGUCCAGAACACCGACACCCACGCCAACCACAGGCCAUGUAAAUGUCGAAGAAGAUAAACAAGAGAAUGUGUCAGAAAUAACUCCCACAAAUACAUGUACCGAGACACAAAACUAG